UUUUAGGGUUUUAAGAGGCCGAGAGCACCGAGUCGCUAACGUUCCAGGGGUUUUAGAGAAAGCUCUUAAGAUGGCAUUCUGGGGAAUUGAAGUAAAACCGGGCAAACCGUACACUCAUGAAUUCGAUGAUGAGCAAGGAAGGCUUCACUUAUCUCUGGCAACGUUAGGCACUGGUUCAUCAACAAAGAAGAGCAUACUCCAGUGCAAUGUGGGAGAUAAGAGACCAAUUUACUUAUGUUCUUUGUUACCAGAUAGAAUUGAGACUUGUCCAUUGAAUCUUGAAUUUGACGAGGAAGAUGAAGUUAUCUUCUCAGUAAUUGGGCCUCACAGCAUUCAUCUUUCUGGUUUCUUUCUUGGUGAAACUCAAGAUUCUGCUAGAGAUGAUUAUGGGACUGAUUCAAUUGGGGAAGAUAUUGGUGAGACUGAGUCUGAUGAAUCUAUUGAUUAUGAUACUGAUGAAGAUGAAUAUGAGGAUGACUUUAUUGAUGAUGAUAUGGACAUGUACCUGUCCUCGCCUGUCCCCAACAGUGGAGUGGUGAUAGAGGAGAUAUUUGAUGAUGAAAAGGCUGCUAAUGAGAAAGGCAAGUCUAAGCAAGGAAAGAAGAAAAACCCGGUGAGCACUUCUGACAACAAUGGAAAUUCUGUGCAACAACUUAUUGUUAAGAGUGAUACUGGUGGCCGAAUCUUAGAAAGUGAAGAUGAAGAUGGCUUUCCUAUAUCUUCCCAGCAUAAGAACAAUGCUGAUGCUUCGUGUGUCGAAGGAAAAGCAGAAGAAACUAAAGAUAAUAUAACUGAUAAGAAAACCAAGAAGAAGAAGGCGAAAGAUGAUUCUGAUUGUGUCAGAAGAUUAAAAAGAAAAGUUGAUGCUAUUAUCCAAGAUGGUGAACAAACAAUGGAAAAAGGCCAGCAGAUUGAUUCUUCACUUGCAAAUACUGAAGUAGUUCCUGAAACUAACAUGAAACAAAAGGAGAAUAAGAAGAAGAAAGUAAGGAGUAAAGAUGAAAAGACUCGUGAGGCUGGUACAGACAGCAAGAGCAAUAUCCCGCCUGAGGCAGCUACCGUGGACACGGAGCAGGCUUUGCCAGUUGGAAAGGAAUGUGAUCAGAAGAACCUUGAUAUUGAUCCUGACUCUAUUGCUGAGGGAAAGAAAAAAAAGAAGAAAAAGAAAAAGAGCAAGAAGCAAGGGAGCGAUGCAGAUGCAAAUGUGGAUCAAACUGUUCCAGACAAAAAUGGAUCCACUAUAGAGAUCGAGAAGAAAACUGAAGUGAAGCCAUUUCAAGUGAGGUCCUUCCCAAAUGGAUUGGUUAUUGAGGAGUUGGCAAUGGGUAAACCAGAUGGAAAAAAAGCUUCUCCUGGGAAAAAUGUUAGCGUCCAUUAUAUUGGCAAGCUUAAAAAGAAUGGUGAAAUAUUUGACUCAAACAUUGGCAGAGCCCCUUUUAAGUUUCGCCUAGGUGUGGGACAAGUUAUUAAAGGAUGGGAUGUUGGGGUUAAUGGCAUGCGUGUUGGGGACAAAAGAAGACUCACAAUUCCACCAGCCAUGGGUUAUGGGAGUCAAGGUGCUGGUCGAGCGAUACCACCCAACUCGUGGCUAGUUUUUGAUGUUGAGUUGGUAAACGUCCAUUGAUUGGCCUCUCUAAAUGUGAGAACCUUUUUGUGUUUUUUAUUUUACAUGAUUAAAGCAGUUUUGGGUGUUGUUUUCUUGGUUGGAUAAACUGAAAACAGAUUGUGCUAUAUUCAAUUCUGGGAAUUGUUUUUUUCUCAAAAUAUACUUGGAACUUGGAUUACGAGUAUCUAGUUCGUAUUAUCACAUGCUCUAUUUUCAUGGUUCCAUUGGAACAAGCUAGUUUGCCUUGUUUUUA